AGUGAAGCCAUGCUUGCUGCCUCUGUCUUGCGUCUGACACUGCUGCUCUGCUGGCUAGUUGCACCCCAGCCCACCCAGCCUGAGAGGCUCUUCCACAGCCGGGACCGUUCGGACCUGGAGCCGUCUCCCCUGAGUCGGGCCAAGCCCAUUGCUGACCUCCGUGCUGCUCAGAAUUUCCUAUUGAAAUACGGUUGGUCAGAGGUGCCUAGCCCAAAGGAGUCAGCAGGAGUCCCGGUGGGCUUCACCUUGGCUCAAGCUGUACGUAGAUUCCAGAAGGCGAACAGACUGCCAACCAGCGGGGAACUAGACUCACCUACACUGGCAGUAAUGAACAAGCCGCGCUGUGGCGUCCCUGACACACGGCUGCCCCCUCGGGCUGGCCUGCCAACUCCACCAGCCCUGGCAACCCUUCUAGGUCUCCAGCCGAGGGCCCGACAAAAGCGCUUUCUUCAAAUGUUGCUGCCCAAGCCAGAUGGGCAACAGGAGGAUGCCUCAGACACUGGGGCCAGCAGGGCCUUCUCUAAGAAGACACUGACCUGGAGGCUAGUGGGAGAUGCCUACAGCAGCCAACUCUCUGGGGAUGAGCAGAGAUACAUCUUUAGACUGGCCUUCAGGAUGUGGAGUGAGGUGACACCACUGAACUUCCUGGAGGACCUCACUGCCCCUGGCACCAUGGUGGACAUAAAGCUGGGUUUUGGGAGAGGCCGGCACCUGGGCUGUCCACGGGUGUUUGAUGGGAGUGGGCAGGAGUUUGCACAUGCCUGGCGCCUGGGUGAGAUCCACUUUGAUGACGACGAGCACUUCACUCCUCUCUCCAGUGACACAGGCAUCAGCCUUCUCAAAGUAGCUGUCCACGAAAUUGGCCACGUCCUUGGAUUGCCUCACACCUACAGGAUGGGAUCCAUAAUGCAACCAAACUACAUUCCACAGGAGCCUGCCUUUGAGUUAGACUGGUCAGACAGAAAAGCAAUUCAAAGACUAUAUGGUGCAUGUGAGGGAUCGUUUGAUACAGUGUUUGACUGGAUUCGCAAGGAAAGGAACCAAUAUGGUGAGGUGAGGGUGAGUUUCAACACCUACUUCUUCCGCAACAGCUGGUACUGGCUCUACGAAAACCGCAACAACAGGACUCGCUAUGGGGACCCCCUCCAAAUCCUCACUGGCUGGCGUGGAAUUCCCAUGCAAAGCAUAGAUGCCUUCGUCCAUGUCUGGUCAUGGGGAAAAGACGAACGGUAUUUUUUCAAAGGAAACCAAUACUGGAGAUAUGACAGUGAGAAUGACCAGGCACACACACAAGAUGGACAAGGAAGGAGCUACCCUAAACUGAUUUCAGAAGGCUUCCCUGGCAUCCCCAGCUCCCUGGACACUGCCUUUUAUGAUCGGAGGCAGCAGUUAAUUUACUUCUUCAAGGAGUCUCUAGUAUUUGCAUUUGAUGUUAACCGAAACCAAGUACUUAAUUCUUAUCCAAAGAAGAUGAGCCAAGUGUUUCCAGCAAUAAUGCCUCAAAACCAUCCAUACAGAAGCCUCGAUUCAGCGUACUACUCCUAUGCACACAACUCUGUUUUCUUUUUCAAAGGCAACUCGUACUGGAAAGUAGUUAGUGAAAAGGACAAACAGCAGAACUCUCGGCUUCCUCUGAAUGGCUUAUUUCCAAAAAAAUCUAUUUCACAGAAGUGGUUUGAUGUUUGUGAUGUUCAUACCUCUACACUGAACAUGUAAAGAGAAGAAGAAAAUCAAGACUGGGACUUAGGAACAGCUUUAAGAGAAAGCAUCGCCUUCUUGGCAAAGAAAACAAACCAGAUUCUUAGUAGCUAAAGCAAUAUGGCUUCCUAAACUAAACCAAACAAGAAACCAUUAC